AGCCGGCCGAGGAGCGAGCCCCGAGAGAGCCCCGAGAGAGCCCCGGGAGAAGCCCCCCGGGGACGGGGGGGGGGCGACAGCACGGCGGCCAGAGGGGCCCCCCGCACGCUGCGCGGCCCCGCCGCUGCCGCUCGCUCGCCCCCGGCGAAGAGAAACCAAAGCGAGCGGCGGCACCGCCACACGCUCUCUCGCUCCCUCCUUCUCCUCCUCUUGGUGGUGGUGGUGUUUGGUUUUGUUUUUUUUUUUUGAUUUUUUUUUUCGAUUUUUUUUUUUCUUUUUCCGCGGGGAUUCUCCGUUCUCCUCCCAGCCUGACUUGCACCUUCUUGAUAAUUUCUCUUCCCCCCCCCCCCCCCUUUUUUUUUUUUUUUUUUUUUUAAUACUCUUCUCCCCGCUUCCGAACCCUGUGUCUGUGUGUUUCAAUACUAUCACAACCUCUGCUAAAAAUAGAUCUUUUAUAUACCCUUCCUCCUCUCUGACCCCAUCCAACACCCCUUGUUAAGGAAACCAUCCUAAACCCAGAGCAAGAAACAUAAAUUCACUUGGCUGUCCCUUAUCUCUAAGGCACCUGAUGCGUAAAUGGACUAGAGAAAGGAAAGAAAGAACAACUCCGAAGACCUACAGAUUAUCUUGCUGGCAGGGUCAAGAUUUCUUCGGAUUGAGGUGGAAUUUUGGCUCAUGGAGAUCUGAUGUGAUAGAACAUACCCAACAUCUUUAGAUUUCUUCCUUGAGACCACAGAGUGACUGCAAAACUGACCGACAACAGCAGGGUUUUUUAAAUAUCACUUGGUCUUCUGACAAGUUGAUUAAGUGAAGAGAAGGAAAAAAAAAUACACAAAGCUGCUUUCAAGUAUUGAAGACACAAGGCCAGGAUGAACACGAAGGACUCAAAAAUGACUGAAGGAGGUCUCAAUGUCACACUUACCAUACGCCUUCUCAUGCAUGGCAAGGAGGUUGGGAGCAUUAUUGGAAAGAAAGGUGAGACAGUUAAGAAGAUGAGGGAGGAGAGUGGAGCUCGAAUCAAUAUUUCAGAAGGUUCCUGUCCAGAAAGAAUUGUGACAAUAACAGGCCCAACAGAUGCAAUUUUUAAAGCUUUUUCUAUGAUUGCACUAAAAUUUGAAGAGGACAUAAAUGCUUCAAUGACAAACAGCACAGUGACAAGCAAACCACCUGUAACACUGCGGCUUGUCGUCCCAGCAAGUCAGUGCGGAUCCCUUAUAGGAAAAGGAGGCUCCAAAAUCAAAGAAAUCAGGGAGUCCACAGGAGCCCAGGUGCAAGUCGCGGGGGACAUGCUGCCAAACUCGACAGAACGUGCAGUGACUAUAUCGGGCACCCCCGAUGCCAUCAUCCAGUGUGUGAAGCAAAUAUGCGUGGUCAUGCUGGAGUCCCCACCCAAAGGUGCCACCAUCCCCUACCGUCCCAAACCUGCCUCUGCACCUAUCAUUUUUGCAGGUGGCCAGGUAAGAGCAGACACCAUUUUGGCUUCAGCUGGAAACCACACCGUCUUGGCCCAACCUCAGCCAGCGCCUGCGUUUACAAUUCAGGGGCAGUAUGCCAUCCCGCAUCCAGACGUGAGUCCAGCGCAUUUGACCAAGCUUCACCAGUUGGCUAUGCAGCAUCCCCCCUUUACUCCCCUUGGGCAGACCACCCCUGGUUUCCCUGGACUGGAUGCCACUACUCCAACCAGUUCCCAUGAACUUACUAUUCCCAACGAUUUAAUAGGCUGCAUUAUUGGCAGACAAGGCAGUAAGAUAAAUGAAAUCAGGCAGAUGUCAGGAGCGCAGAUCAAGAUUGCUAAUGCCACAGAAGGCUCUGCAGAACGACAAGUUACAAUCACAGGAUCCCCUGCAAACAUCAGCUUAGCACAGUACCUCAUUAACGCAAGCAUAUACUUUCUCAAAUCUGAAUGUCUGGGAGAUGCUAUGCAAUCAAUGGUCCACGCAUAACUGAGAAGAUUCCUUCUAAGCUGAAGAAUUAUAUGAAUGGCUAAUGCUAGCAAAAUGUACCCACUACUGCUUUUGUAUGAAUAUUUCCUCUGUUUAUAGUGCUGAGCGCUUUAAAAUGAGCAAUGACGAUUUUUUUUGCACCACUUUUCCUAGCAGCUGACAUAUGACAGUUGACAAAUUCAUUUACAAUUAAAAUUUAAAAAAUUGGCAAAUACCAAAGGUUAACAGCGGGAACACCACGUAUCUGUAAAGACAGGUUUAGGUGGUAACAAAGGACAGAUGAAAACUUGUUCUCUGAACACUUUCCAUGCAAUGCUAAAUGGUAAAAAAAAAAAAAAAAAAAAAAAAAAGUACAGAAAAGUCAUGGUCGAGUUACAUUUCACACACAGAGAAUCUUACAACCCUUUCCCAGGUUCUGGGGUUCCUUUCCAUUUAAACAAAUGAUAAAAUCAAGGUUACUUACACUUUAUAGAUCCUUUUUCAAGGAGACAAAUGGGUGGUAGUGUUUUGUUUGUUUGGGUUUCGUUUUGUUGUCGUUGUUGUUUUUUCUUCCCUUCAAGGUUAAAAUACUAAUAUAUCUCAUCUAAAGAAAAGCCCAUAAUCUGAGGUUUAUGCUACUUAUUUAAAUGCAAUGUAAUAAAUCCAGCUACAUACACUGAUGACUGGCUCCUCCUCAUCACAAGUAUUUUCAACUUAAUUUUCCCUGAGUGGAAAAUGUAAAGAACCAUUUGCUCAUUUAUAAAGUGCAUUUAACCACACACUGCAUUGCAGACAAACUGCUGACAACUGCAUGUCAGUCAUUUCACAGAGCUGCACGAAACUGUUGUUCUCCUUCUUGUGUAUAGUAUUUAGAAUCAAUAAAAAUAGAUUCCAUUACUUACUGUGUUGACCUGUCGUAUUGCCUUUUGAAAUUCAUCCCAUUCUUUGUCCAUCUGAUCCUUUGGAGCAUCAACUUUUCGCACCUAAAGAACGUGAAAACACAGGCUCAUUAAUGAUUAAUGCCUAGUGAGCCAACAACUGGAAACGAUUGGAAAAAAACAGCCUAAUUUUGCCAUGUUCUCAGAAAACCUGGUCAAAAGAUAUACAUUACCUAAAUUGAAGUAACUAGGAUGGUACAGCAGCACAAGUGUUUUGGAGGAAAAAUAUCUGACUCUACUCCCGGUUUUAAACAAGAAGUUUGACUAUAGUAUUAAAGAAUAACUGACUAAGAAUGGAUGGUGUGAGAUGUUUGGACUAACAAAGGUGACUAAGCCCAUUCAUCUGAUUUCACUGUGUCAAGUAGUAACUUUUAAAUUUCUGUGAGCUGUCUGUUCAGUCAUAUAUGAGCUAGGACGCAAGCUAAAAAGGAGUGAAGUAUUUGUUUUUAGCAUGACAUAAAAUAUGGUGUUAUUCAGUCACUGGCUUAACUAGUGUUAGCCUGAUUAUAUUUCAGGUCUAAAUUGAUUUUGUUGGCUAGCAGGAGAAAUAGCACAGCUACAUAACACUUUUCAAACAAUCUGCAAAGCUUUUUCUUCCGUGGUAGACAGCAUUAAUUACUAAAACAAGAGGACUGAAAAAGUAGGUGUAAGAACAGGUUUAAGAUCUACAAGUAAAGUAAUCAAAACCAGAUUGUGCUUUUAACUUAAGCAAAUAGAUCAGGUCAUCUACCCGUGUAACCAAAACAGCUCAAGACUGGAAGCUGUGACAUAGAUGCUAGAUGAUAGAUUAUGCCUGGUCCUGGACUGGGUGGAAAUCAAAUAGCUAAGAGAACUAAGCAGUUUGUACAGAAUAAUUCGUGGCAUCCUUUUGCAUUAGCUUUGUUUUUCUUUUAUUCAUUCCUCUCUUUUGGUAACAUGUCAGUCAUCAUCCCAGUAAAGACAAUGGUCUGGUAUGUUUUGUUCCUGAAUUAUUACAUAAAACCCACUAGUAUGAAUUAAGUUUAUAGAAUACAUUAGAAGCUUCCCAGCAAAUGACGUAUCGAAAGUCAUCAUUUCAUUUUCUGUUUUGUGAUUAUUUUUAUCAUGUGUGUAUGUACUGUGUUACUAUGCAUUGUGGUUGUCUUUUGUAAUUCAUAAUUAUUUGUAUUUCUUACAAUAAAUUUAAACACUAAAGAUA